AAUAUACAUCAUAACUGUGAUCAUGUAUUUCAUCAUAAUCGUUAUUUUCUAAUGCAUUGCUGUGGUGUCGUGGCGUACAGUUUAAUGAAACGUCUUUGUCAUGAAAUUUUAGAAUUUUAAAACAAAACUUUGUCAAAAAAAGCUCCACUCAGUUAAAGAGGAAUCAUUUUACCAUUAAAGCUUUUUUUUCUUAGCAAUUUUUAAUCAUGGAUGUUUACCGUGUAAUUUAUAUUCUAUUUUUUGUAAGUGGAGUUUUAGCGAGACCGUGGAGUGCUGAAGAUUUGGAAAAAUCCGUGAAUGUAGUUGAGCAAAUGGCUCCAUCUCCGCUGAUGACCACGAUUGAUUCAGUGUCCACAAGCUUAGCCAGGACAUUGAAGAGUGUAUCCCCCAGCUUGACUCCGCUGUUAAGUGUAGCCACUUUGGGGUACUUGGGCUACAUAGCGUCCGUCAUGUUCUUUCCCUCUCAGUUGUCAGAGGCGGGAAUUCCCCUUCUGAAAGAUUUCCAAUUCGAAACCAAAGCCAGCAGAACUUCUGAGUCUGGAUUUAUCGAUUCCUUGGCGACGGGCAUAUUGAAAGAUAUGAUCGGCCGAACAGAAGCGGCUGAUGUCUUGAAGAACACAAGUAUGGAAGCCGUGAAAGAUGGAAUGAAAACUUUUAAGAGAUCGGCAAGAAUUGUGAAUUCCGGUCUGGUGUCCCUGCAGGGGAUGGUAGGAAGAGUCCUGACAGCUUUAACUCCAGAUUGUAUGUCCAGAUACAUGUGCCAGGUGGGGCAAUUCACAAGCAUUCACAUGCCGGCUCUCGGUCCUGUGCUUCGUACCAUAAACACAUUUGAUCUUGAUGAUUUCUCGCAAGCUCUGAUAGAUGGCACUACCAUCGGAGACUGCAGCGCCGUCUUCUUUCAGUGCCCCUUAUAGCGGAACUGCAUCACAUCAAAGAAACGAAGUUUGCCUUUACCACAACUGAUAAAGAACACGCUGGACGGUUGUUCUCUUGAAUCAAUGUGAUGGUUUUACAACUUUUACCCUUUGUGUAUUUUUAAUUGUUUUUAAUUAAUGCCCAAAUCUGUAGUAAACUAUAAAAAAAAGUAAUAAAGUGUUUCGAACCUUGCUUCA